ACAACUUGUAGACCUUUCCUGCAGUCUCUGAGGAGAUGGACACCUCUUCUUCUUCUGGACGAUCUCCGUCUCCUACUGGGACUGUCUUCUUACCCCCUCCUAUCAUGUGGAACAGUCUCUACAAGCAGGCAGAGAUGGAGGUUCAGUUCCUGAGGGAAGAGAAGAAGACCUGUACAGAGAAGGAAGCCCACAUGCUUGAGUUGAGGGGGAAGGAUCGAACGAUCCGAAAUCAGAAGAAGGAGAUGGACAGACUUCAAGUGUGCCUCUGGGAGGAGGAAAAGAAGAAGAGGAAUGGUGGAACGGAGAAGGACGAGAUGAUUGAACAACUACAGUCUGAGACAGACCAUCUCAGAGCCCUUUUGACAGAUGAAAGGAGGAGAAGAGUAGAAAGGGGUAUUAUGAAAGAGUGGAAGGCUGAGAUCCUGAGACUGAGGGAGGCAGAGAGCCAGAGGGAGGCAGAGAGACAGAGGGAAGCAGAGAGCCACAGGGAGGCAGAGAUACAGAGGGAGGCAGAGAGACAGAGGGAGGCAGAGAGACAGAGGGAGGCAGAGAGCCACAGGGAGGCAGAGAGACAGAGGGAAGCAGAGAGCCACAGGGAGGCAGAGAGACAGAGGGAAGCAGAGAGCCACAGGGAGGCAGAGAUACAGAGGGAGGCAGAGAGACAGAGGGAGGCAGAGAGACAGAGGGAGGCAGAGAGACAGAGAGAAGCAGAGAGACAGAAAGAAGCAGAGAGACAGAGGGAGGCAGAGAGAGCCACAGAAUGGGAGGACAACCAGAGAAAAAUGCGGGAGAUCAACAGACUCAGAAAACUGCUGGAGCUGCUGAUGGUGGACCUACAACUGGCCCACGUAAGACAUGUCAUUGUUAUUAUUAAAAGGCAGUGUAUAUUCACCCGGCUGAAAAUGAAUGGCAGUAUGCUAACCCAAUGUUAACUUUUAUGCCUUUUUUAAACUUUAACCUUUACCUUAACCUCACUGAAACUAUACCUAACCUUUACCAUAACCCAACCCUAGGUCCUAAACCUAACCUUCAUUUAUCUCAACCCCUACGCCUUUCCUCUGCCGGUUGAAUAUCCACUUCCUUAUUAACGUCAUUACUGUUAUUGUUGUUGAUAACUGUAUCUGUGCAGGUUGUAAAUAGUUGCAUUAGUGAAACAUCAUUUGUAGGAGUAAUUUCUACAAGCAUAAACAUCAGAGGCAACAUUGUUGUAACAUCACACAAAUUGCAAUGGGAAUUUCUCAAACCCCUAACUGAAUGGGCAAGCUAGUUGUGUGUUUGUAUUUGUACACAUUUUGGACAUAAUUUAUUACAUAAAAUGUCUCAUAAUUUUUUCAAACCAUGUCAAUACAUUAACUGACAAUGAAUUGUCCAGAUGAAUUGAUCAAAAUGACUCUGCUAUUGAUGCUGUUUGAUUCAAUUACCUAGGUCU